GACCUCAGCAGAGAGGAGGAGGGGAGAGAGAGGGGAGGAGAGCUCCCGGUGCACUUGGCAGUCUAGUUGCGGGCUGCUGUGCUGUUGCUGUCGUGGCGUGGCUGGUCGCGCCAGGCGGGGAACUUCACCACACUGGAGCCCGGAGUCCCACUCUCUCACCUGCGCAGUUCGGAGCUGCCAUGGGUCUCUCGCCUGGAUUUACUGUCCUAAUUGUUCUACCGGCCUUUCUGCUGCACACAAGCGGCCUUUACAUCGCCAGUAGCGUUGACUCCCUGCAGCAUGUCCUGGGGGACUAUGGACUGGUGAGGCCGAUCAGCGUGGAUGCAGAGGGCCGCUUUCUGUCGCACGCCGUCUCAUCCGGCCAAGUGGCAGGGGGGCAGCCCCGUAGGCGCCGGAGGAGGGAGGUAGGAGUAGGGGAAGACGAGUGGGAAGGACCAAGAGGAGAACCAGCAGCCUCUCUGGAUAGGCUUUACUACAACGUCACUAUCUUCGGCCGGGAGUUCCACCUGCGCUUGCGCCACAACGCCAGGCUGGUGGCCCCCGGAGCCAAGAUAGAGUGGCGCGAUGACAGUGACAGCACCCGGCACUCUGAGCCACUGCAUGAUGAAUGCUUGUACGUUGGUGACAUCACAGACACACCAGGAGCCACGGUGGCUAUCAGCAACUGUGACGGCCUGGCUGGUAUGAUCAGGAUGGAGCAGGAGGAGUUUUUCAUUGAACCGGUGGAGAGGGGCGAUGGAGUGAUAGAAGAGGAGGAGGAGGAGGGCAAAGGAGGAAGGACACACGUCGUGUAUCGCUCCUCGGCUGUAAAGAAAGCGCCCAUCAGCAGUGCAGCGGCAGACUACCACUCCAGAG